UUCUAUUUCUCCCUUCUCUCUUUCUGGAGAACCCUCUAUUUCUUCGAAUCGUCUACGUAGUAAUAAUACUAAUCUCAUCGAAAAUGAACCCUGAAAGAUAGAAAUCUACUAGAACUUAUUUUUCGGCUAUGCAUAGCUGAAGGUUCUUAUUCCGUUAUGGUUGGAAGAUAGAAUUGUUGGAGCCCUAUUAUUCAUAAUGGUUCUUUGAUGAUGAUCCUACCAUUUAUGUCAGUGUUGUUGCUCUACGGAAAUGACUAGGAGUACAAAGACAUGGAUGUUGUUUUUAAGUACAUAAAGAUAUCAAAAUUAGCUAGUUCUGAAGGCAGACAUAGGUUGGCGAGGGAGGUUAUGGUGUUAACACAACGAUAAUCUUGUUACGCUAUAUCUGCUGUUAUAGGUAUUUGUUUUUUGUUGAUUUUUAUUUGGAAAUGGACUUUAAUUAAACAAUAUGUGAAACAGUAAGCUGUAUUUAUUUUUGUUAGCUAGUCAGCUCUAGAUUUACGAAUAACCCAUGAUGCACCAAUCAUUUACUUUCCCUUUACUUUUGCAUCCAAAUGCGUAUGUGCAGUUAUUGUUUUAUUUUGGUAUCUGACGAUUGGAUAACAAGUUUUAGUUUUGCCUGUGAGGAGGACAACAGGGCUAGAAGUCUUAACUGUUUGGCUUUAUUGUUCUUCUUUUUAUAUAUUAUGCAUAUUAUUCUGUUCUGGACAUAAUCAUCCUAAUUGCUUAUUUUUCAAAUAUGUGUGAUAGAAAUCCAGCAGUUAGCUGAAGUAUUUGUGCCCGUCGUGGCGUCGUUUGUUUUAUAACACUGAACAUUAAAAGCCUUUGAGAUGAGAAACUGCAGCUCAUUGGGGGCAGCAGUCUAGCCUGUUAUGAUAAUAGUCAUAGAGAUUAUGAGAGGUGCUUCUCUUCAGAAAUAUUUGCAUAAUAUGCGUCCUUGUUGUCCUGAUCUUAGGCAGUCCAUAAGCCGUGUGUUAAAAAUAUCUACCGUGGAAUGAAGAGCUUCCAUUUAAAUGGCAUCAUACAUCGUGAUCUCAAACCUGGUAAGCAUCACCAGCUACACAAAAAUCAUGUCUAUAAAAGUUUCUUUUUCACAAAAUAUGCUAGUCACAGAAGAUUGUAUGAAACUUAAACUGGCUGACUUGCGGAUAGCCUGGGGAAAAAACAGCUGGAGAAAUGAUGACUUGAGAAGCUGGUACUUACAAAUGGAUGGCUCCGGGGGUACGGAUUCAAUCUAACUAUGCUGGCCUGCUCUUUCCGAAGACAUCGUCUGGGAAAUCCUACUAUUACUGUUUUUUUCACCUUUCUCUCUUUGCAGUCCCACAAUGAAUCAGGUAUACAGCAAAGAGCCGCUUGAUCGUGGAGGAAAGAAACACUAUCUCUGAUCAUAAGGUUGACAUCUGCAGCUUCUCCAUGGUCUUCUGGAGUAGCUCACAACAUGGUACACCAUACAAGGAAUGUCCAACAUGCAGGCAGCAUUUUGCCGUGCCAACUUGUUUUCUGACAUUAUAAUAUUUGACCCAGAUUAUCAUAAAUUGCUCUCUUAUGAAUUCGGGUACUUGUACUAUCUAGCUUGAUCUGCUGCCGAUUUAUAGGAGUCCCAUUUUGAACUGUUUGAAGCAAGUUGGAAAAAAAGCCCGCUGCAUUUUUGCAUCUCUCUUGCUCUUUUACUGCUUAUUAAAACUACUGUUUGCAAAGCUUGACAGCGAAUUGGUUCAUUUUUAUGAUCAGAAAAUGUGAGGCCAAAUGUAAAGAAGCUCCUUGAAGGAAUUUAUCUCUCUCAUCGAGUCUUGCUGGGCUGAAGACCCAAGAACCUGGCGAGAGUUCACAGAGAUUAGCAUCAUUUUGUCGCAAUACCGUAAAAUCCACCACCUCUACACCACUUUUGGUGCCUCUGGAACAAGUUUUUCAACAGAAAAAUCAGAACAUAACGAUUGAGCAGCAGCAACAGCAACAAAUCUUCAGUAAGUUAGAAGCUGACUCCCCUAAUACUGGUCAUCUGACUAAGGACUUAUCCUCCAACUCUCACAGUUGCUUUGGUUAAUGAUUUUGGGGUGAUAGUCCAGUUGCUUCUGGAACAAUGAAGGUACAAAGACGUGGAUGUUGCUGUUAAGAUAAUACAAAGAGAUAUUACAGCUAGAUGUUAUCGCGAGUAGAACACGCUAAUCUAGUUAAGUUCAUUGGCGCAGCAGUAGAACCAGAAUUGGUAAUUGUCAUAGAGAUUAUGAGAGGAGAUUCACUUCAAAAUUAUUUGCGUAAUAUGCGCCCUCGUCGUCCUGAACUUAGGCAAUCUAUAAGCUUUAGACAUCUCUCGGGGAACGGAAUGCAUACAUUCAAAUGGCAUCAUCCAUUGUGAUCUCAGAGCUGGUACAAAGACAUGGAUGUUGCUGUUAAGAUGAUAGAAAAAGAUAUUACAGCUAGUUCUGAACGCAGUGAUAGAUUUCUGAGGGAGGUUAUGAUGUUAUCGCGAGUAGAACAUGAUAAUCUAGUUAAGUUCAUUGGCGCAGAAGUAGAACCAGAAUUGGUAAUAGUCACAGAGCUUAUGAGAGGAGAUUCACUUCAAAAUUAUUUGCGUAAUAUGCGCCCUUGUCGUCCUGAACUUAGGCAAAUUAUAAGCUUUGCUUUAGAUGUCUCUCAGGGAAUGGAAUGCAUACAUUCAAAUGGCAUCAUCCAUCGUGAUCUCAAACCUGCUAAUCAUUUCCUUUUCAAGUUAUUACUCACAGAAGACUGUAUGAAGCUUAAACUGGCUGGUAUUGGGAUGGCCCGGGAAAAGGAAGCUGGGGAAAUGAUGACUUGUGAAGCCAGUACAUACAAAUGGAUGGCUCCUGAGUCAUAUAGCAAAGAGCCGCUUGAGCGUGGAAGAAAGAAACACUACGAUCAAAAGGUCGACGUCUAUAGCUUCUCCUUAGUGUUCUGGGAGUUACUCACAAAUAGUACACGAAGGGAAUGUCCAGCAUGCAGGCAGCAUUUGCGGUAGCU